AUGCCAUUAGGGUCCGUAGUUAAGCAUUUGGGAGUAAAUGCUAUCGCCGGAAGUGUUGGUAAUUUGUACAAGAGUAUGGAGAGCUUUGAUCCGACUUCAGUGUUGCUAAAUCCUGGCUUAGUACAACAUUUUAGUUGUCCAAACCAUCCUCUCAAUAUUCCCAAUGAACUACCACCACUCACUACAUAUUAUUUUGGUCGAAAUCUGACUCCUUACUCUAAUUAUGAAACAAAAGGAUUUAUAUCAACAAGGCGUUAUUCGAUUUAUAAUGCUAAAUCCUUGAUUUCACUUGACCCAUGGCCCCACAACAUUUCAAAAGAAGGUGUUGUGGAAUUUGUGAAAAGAGAUGCAUUAUAUGGUAUAGGAGAUGAUCUAAAAGUAAAAAAAGUUUCGGCUAAUUUUUGCUUUUCGUAUCUGAAAGAUCUGAACCUUUCUUUUGAUGAUCUUGAAGUGAAGGCGAUAAGCAUCACUGAAGUUGAGGCUUUGAGCCUCCUUGGAGCUUGUGUGACAUCAAACUUUACCUUGACUAGUGCACUCAAACACUUCUUGAAUGUGCCAAAACAAGAAUCAACUUUGACAUAA